UUCUUUUCUAAAUUGAGAAGUAUUAGUAACAAAAUUUGGACAUUAGAGUAUUUUAAGGUCUCAAAGAAUCAGUUGAGGUAAAACGGUCGGCCAGGAAUUGGCAGUCCUGUCCUCCCUCCAUCCAAUUUCUUUGGAGCUCAAACUGCAACCUUAGAUUCUUCAAAUUUUCCGGAUAAAAUUACUUCCAUUGUUUCUCGAUUUCAUCUGAGAAAUAAAAUGGAUAUUGAUGAAAUACUUGGGGUAUCUCGGCCUGUGAGUUUGACAAACAAGAGUGCUAUUUAUGUUUGGGGUUACAAUCAAUCUGGGCAAACGGGUCGGAGAGGGAAAGAGAGGAGUUUGAGGAUCCCAAAACAGCUUCCUCCAGAGCUAUUUGGAUGCCCAGCUGGUGGGAAUUCCCGUUGGUUGGAUAUUGCUUGUGGUCGUGAGCAUACUGCUGCUGUGGCUUCUGAUGGAUCGCUUUUUACAUGGGGAGCUAACGAAUUUGGUCAGCUGGGUGACGGAACUGAAAAUGCUAGGAAGCACCCCAAGAAAGUGAAACAAUUGCAAUCUGAAUUUGUUAUUAGUGUUUCAUGUGGAGCACAUUGUACUGUUGCCAUUGCAGAACCACGUGAAAACGAUGGUAGCAUGUCAGCUCGGAGACUUUGGGUUUGGGGACAGAACCAGGGAUCCAAUUACCCACGACUCUUUUGGGGUGCCUUUUCUCCUUCUACGGUUAUUCGCCAAGUUUCUUGUGGUGCUGUUCAUGUUGUAGCUCUAUCAGAAGAAGGGUUACUACAAGCUUGGGGCUAUAAUGAAUAUGGUCAGCUUGGCAGAGGUGUUACAUCAGAAGGCCUUCAAGGCCCUUGUGUAAUUAAUGGAUAUGCUAGAUUUCUUGAUGAAGCCCCUGAACUUGUGAAGAUUACCCAAGUGUCAUGCGGGGAGUACCAUACUGCAGCUAUAUCAGAGAAAGGCGAGGUCUAUACGUGGGGAUUGGGGAGCGUGGGACAACUUGGCCAUUGUUCACUUCAGUCAGGUGACAAGGAACUUUUACCUAGGCGUGUAGUUUCCCUUGAUGGCAUAUGUAUUAAAGAAGUUGCCUGUGGUGGUGUUCACACCUGUGCUGUGACUGCGAAAGGGGCUCUUUAUGCUUGGGGUGGAGGUCAGGCUGGGCAAUUGGGAGUUGGGCCAUUAAAUGGAUUCUUUUCAUGCAAGCUCAAUGAAUCUGAGAUGAUGCUCCGAAAUAUACCAGUGUUGGUUGUUCCAGAUGGUGUGCAACUCGUUGCAUGUGGUCAUUCACACACACUUACUUCUGCUAAAGACGGACGAAUACAUGGAUGGGGUUAUAACUGCUAUGGUCAAGCGGCUAAUGAGAAGUCUACAUAUGCCUGGUGUCCAUCACCAGUUGAUUGGUGUGUUGGGGCAGUCCGAAAAUUGGCUGCUGGUGGUGGACAUUCAGCAGUGCUGACUGAUGCAUGCUCUCUAAAAGAGCUGUGUGAAUUUAGGCUUGCAGAAACAGUGAAUCCAUCCAAUGCUUCAGUGGUUGAGGAUGUCGCCUCAAGAACAGGAGCUGAUGCUUUAGCACGACUUUGUGAAAGAUUGAGGGAGCAUUACUACAAUGAUGAUGAGUUUGGUCUGUGAAAUCAUUGAUGGGUGUUAAAUAUGUAACAUACCAAUAAUUCAGCCAUUAGAUUUGAUUCUUCAAUCCAUCUAAUACAAUAGAGAAAACAGAGUCUUUGUUUCAUCAUUGAAUAAAUGUAUUCUACUUUUUAUGCUGCUGCAUCAUUAAGUUAAUACAACAAAACAUCUACUUACAAUUUAA